AUGCCGCCGGAAUUAAAAGUCGGUUAUUUCGAAGCUGCCGAGUCGGCCAUCGACGGCCUCGAUCCCAACCCCGAAUCCCUAAAACUCCAAGCAGAAGUCUUCUACAACCUCGCACGGUAUGAUGAGUGCAUAGAAUGCCUGGGAAAACUCCCCAAGCCAGAUUCCGCUCUGCUCGAGAAAGCCAAAACACGUCUCGUGGAGCAACAGACUGGGGCCUACGACUUCCGGAGCAUCUUCGCCGAGCUCCCAACCCUCAACCCUCCAACUGUCAAUCGAGCAACCUACAUCGGGCCUGUUGAUAUUAGAGUCUCGCCAGGGAAAGGACGUGGUCUAUUCACGACUCGCGCUGUCGAGGCUGGGAACUCCUCAUGUGCGAGAAGGCGUUCGCAUAUAGCUUCUUCAACCAGUCCGCGCCGGCAGAGAUGCACAAGACCAAACUCUACAUGGUCUUCAACACCGAGGAGGAAAGCAUCAUCUUCGGGACCUUAG